CCUGACUGGCGGGCGGCUGGCGGCGGGGACCCUCAGUCGCGGCGGAAUGCAGGCGCAGUCAUGGCGGACAGGGCGCAACUCUCCAGGGAGGAGACGCUCAUGCUCAGGAGGACGUACGUCGCAGACUCUUGUGAGCUACACUUCGCACAGGACCCUCUGAAGAUCGUGAGCUCCAGGGCCCAGUACUUGGUCGACGACUGUGGUUUCGAGUACCUGGACUGCGCUUCAAGGACGAAUAAUGUUGGCCACUGUCACCCAGCUGUGGUGCAAGCGGCCACCUCCCAGAUGGGCACAUUGAACACAUGCAUCUUGGAGUCUGAGAUUGAUGACUCAGCGCAGAGAGAGUUUAGUGCCAAAUUGCUGAACACACUGCCACCAAAUUUCGAUGUUUGUUUCUUCACUACGUCUGGGACUGAAGCAAAUGACUUGGCUCUGCAGCUCGCGAGGAGCUACACACAGAGGAACGGCAUAGUCGUGGUUGAUGGUUCCUUUCACGGCGCAUCACAGCUGGUCAUGGACAUCAGCCCCAAAGUGUUCCCCAAGCAGCCCCCAGGCAAGAAACCGUGGGUGCACGUAGUUCCCUGUCCUGAUGUCUACAGAGGACCGUAUGGUGAAGACGACCCUGAACAUUGUGAGAAGUACGUUCAAGAUUCUAAGUCAGUCAUUGACAAAGCCAUGCAAGACCAACACAAAGUUGCAUGCUUCAUAAGCGAGCCGGUCAUGGUAGUUUAUGGUGUUGUCGUACCACCUAAAGGAUGGCUCUCGAAAAUUUACAGUUACAUCCACAAGGUGGGCGGCUUGGUGAUAGCGGAUGAAAUACAGACGGGCCUGGGAAGGUGUGGGAGCGCGCUGUGGACGUUCCAAGCGCUCGGCGCCGUACCAGACAUCGUCACCAUCGGCAAGGGAGUCGGCUGCGGGCACCCGAUGGCGGGACUCGUGACGUCGCGCCAGAUCGCCAACUCCAUGCCGGACAUCUACCACAGAUGCCAAUGUUCGCCUGUGGCAGGGGCGAUCGGGAAGGUGGUCCUCGACGUCUUGCAGUCGGAAGGGCUCCAAGAAAACGCCAGGAAGAUAGGCACGCACCUGUUGGAGCAGUUCCGGAGACUGAGGGCAGCGCACAGAUGCCUAGGUGAUGUUCGAGGCAUGGGCCUCAUCAUUGGCGUGGAAAUAGUUUGGAGUCAGGAAAGCAGGAAGCCAUCGCCACAACUGGCAGAGAAACUUGCCAACAAGCUGAGAGAGCAGCAGGUGAUAGUCACCAACGAGGGCCAAUACUCCAACGUGCUGGUGUUCCUGCCCUCUCUCUGUCUCACACUGCUCGACGCUGACUCCCUCACCCACAAGAUGGACACCGUUCUGAUGGAGGUCGAAGUGGAGGAGUCGUUUGACGUCGGCAGAAUACUCAACUCGCAACCAAGCAGCUCGAAUGGGUUAUAUGACUGUGCAGAUGAAUCUCUCUCACCAAGUAGUGAUGAAAAUGGUGCAAGUACAAGUUAUAACACUUUAGACUGAUGAAUAACACACUUUUCGAUCGGUUAACAGCACCUCGCCUUGAAUGUCUCACUCAAUGAGAAAAUGAGAGCUGAGACUACAAUUAUAUUUUUUUAAAUUAUGAAUAUAUGAUGAUUUUGUUUCUAAUAAAUGUACUUAUCAAUCAAGCUUCCUUUGCAAGUUAAUAUUUAUACAGAUAUAAAAUAAUUUGAUCAUGUACUUUUUUUUAGUUUGUAGAACAAAUUAUUUUAAAAAAAUGCUAUAAAAUUUGAGGUUUUACUACCUCUCACAAUUGUAUAUUUAAAAGGGGGGGGGGGGGGGGUUUUGUCUGUAAAGUCGGUUACGGACGAUAAUUUUAUGUGAUAACGUCAUAAGAAAGGAUUGAUGAAAAAUUGCAUACUUUUUAAUUUUCUAAUAUUAUUUACAUUUUUUGCAAAUUUAAUUUAAAUAAUUUGUUUAAAUUUAAUCACGAAGAAUUAGUUAAAAAGCCCGCCUUAACCUGUUUGAUAUUGUAGAUGAUUUUCUCACAUGGUGGUUGGCCAGUUCUUCCACGCUCGGCUCAGGUGGAACUUGACAAUUUUUCGUGCGUGCAGCAAUUUAUAAGACAUCUUUGCAUACAAAUGAAAGAAUUCAACUUAAAAAAAAAUAUUACAUGUCAUCUUUACAUAACUCGAUUGUACGCUUGUACGCUGCUUCCAUUACAACAAACAAAAUUUGUGCUCUGAGUGUCAUCACUCAGGGGAAGUAACACUAUUGAAUAAAAAGUAAUUUUUACUCUUGUAUAACACUGUUUUCUUAUUUUUAUUUAAAAUCUAAUAAAGUAAUGCAUUUGUUACUACUUAAUAAUUCUUGAAUUGCUUUGAAUGACUCCCAACAACCAAUCAAAAAA